CGGGUGCCGGUGAGGUGUUCCUCUCCUGCAAGGUGAGAGAGUAGAAAGGGUGGGAAAGAGAGGUUUUGGAUCCAAGAAGCGGUUUCUCGACGGCCAUUUCCGGUUUUCUGGUCCGUAUAAUCUGGCUGCAGUAUGCACAGUGUAUAUGUUGACUGGCUAUCCUCUGUUUGACUGGCCUAGUUGCUUCUUUAGAGUGAACAAUUCAGUUGCAAUUCACAUCUUGAAGAAUUUCCACUUGUAUACCAAGAUGAAGAAAGCUUUUCUGCAGUCAUGGUGAGGAAGAGAAGAACUGAACCUUCUGGGGCUGCAGAUGGAUCUGAAUCUCAGGAGCCAAGUGGCAGUGCUGGGCGAGGUGGGCUGCAACACCCAGUUGAGAGGGCUUUGCCGCAGCAACAGGGAGGUGGGGGAGGACGUGGUCGGAGUCUGGCCAACCCACAGCAGUCUCAACAAGGAGGCCGUGGCAGUGGAUUUUACCAGAGUCAGAGUGGCAGAUCGCAAUAUCAUGGAGCAACUCUCCAUCAACCCCAAACAAGAGCUCCGCAGCACCAUUCUGGUGGACGCAGGGGCGGUAGUAGCAUGACAAGUGGGCAUGGGGUUGCCCUUGCUGCUGGUCCGUCAAGGCCAACAGUACCCGAGCUGCACCAAGCAAUCCAGGCUCCAUAUCAUGCAACUCAGCCAUCCCUGUUAGAAGCCAGCUCCUCAUCGCAGACUUUGGAUGUUUCUCCUGCCCAGGUGGCUCCACAGUUUGAACAUCUUGCUGUUCAAGGUGAAGCUUCUAGUAGCCAAGCAAUUCAACCAGCAGCUUUAUCAAGCAAAUCAAUGAGGUUUCCAUUACGUCCUGGAAAGGGUAGUUUUGGUGACAAAUGUAUUGUGAAGGCAAAUCAUUUCUUUGCUGAGCUGCCAGACAAAGACCUUCAUCAGUAUGAUGUUUCUAUUACACCUGAGGUAACCUUUUGUGGUGUGAAUCGCGCUGUCAUGGGGGAGCUGGUCAAGCUAUACAGGGAGUCUCAUUUAGGCGGUCGCCUUCCAGCUUAUGAUGGGAGGAAGAGCAUCUAUACUGCUGGGUCGCUUCCAUUCACCUCCAAGAAUUUUGAAAUCACUCUUAAUGAUGAGGAAGAUGGUCUAGGUGGCCCAAGACGAGAGAGGCUUUUCAAGGUUGUAAUCAAAUUUGCUGCUCGUGCUGAUCUUCAUCAUUUGGGAUUAUUUUUAGCUGGGAGGCAGGCAGAUGCACCCCAAGAAGCUCUACAGGUUCUUGAUAUUGUGCUUCGUGAGUUGCCCACUGCCAGAUACGUACCUGUUGGUCGGUCAUUUUAUUCACCUGAUCUUGGGAGACGGCAGCCACUUGGUGAUGGGUUGGAAAGCUGGAGGGGUUUCUACCAGAGUAUUCGCCCGACACAAAUGGGAUUAUCACUAAAUAUUGAUAUGUCUUCCACUGCUUUCAUCGAGCCACUUCCUGUCAUCGACUUUGUAGCGCAGCUUCUGAACAGAGAUGUCUCUGGUAGACCACUAUCUGAUGCUGAUCGUGUGAAGAUCAAGAAGGCUCUUAGAGGUGUGAAAGUUGAAGUCACGCAUCGUGGAAAUAUGCGCAGAAAAUACCGUAUAAAUGGUUUAACAUCACAAGCUGCAAGAGAGCUGAUGUUCCCAGUUGAUGAUCGAGGUACAAUGAAAUCUGUUGUUCAAUACUUCCAAGAAACCUAUGGAUUUAAUAUUCAACAUACCACUUGGCCUUGCUUGCAAGUUGGUAAUCAGCAGAGACCAAACUAUCUGCCCAUGGAGGUCAGGAUGUCCUUCAACAUUUUGAUAUUGUACUUUUAUUGUAUGACAAUACUAUGCAUAAAAUUCUGUCACUUUUUCAUUGUCAUACAUGUUCCAAAGUUGUCAGUGAUUUUUACUGUGAAUGGAAUUGUUAGACUCUCUGGAAAAUGGUUCCAGGUUUGCAAAAUCGUUGAAGGACAAAGGUACUCCAAGAGGCUCAAUGAGAAACAGAUAACUGCUCUUCUUAGGGUGACCUGCCAGCGGCCUGAACAGAGGGAACGGGAUAUUAUACAGACUGUUCAACAGAAUGCAUACCAUGACGACCCUUACGCAAGAGAAUUUGAUAUCAGAAUUGAUGAGAGACUUGCUUCGGUUGAAGCACGGAUUUUACCUGCACCAUGGCUUAAAUACCAUGAAACUGGGAAGGAGAAGGAUUGCUUGCCGAGAGUUGGCCAGUGGAACAUGAUGAAUAAGAAAAUGGUCAAUGGUGGGAGGGUCAGUAACUGGACAUGCAUCAAUUUUUCGCGGAUUGUUCAUGAUAAGGCUGCCAGAGAUUUCUGUCAUCAGUUAGCUUUAAUGUGCCAAGUAUCUGGAAUGGAAUUUGCUCUACAGCCUGUGUUACCUCCAUCAAGUGCUCGACCUGAACAAGUGGAAAGAGCUCUCAAAGCACGUUAUCAUGAUGCCAUGAACAUACUUAAACCCCGGGGCAAAGAACUUGACUUGCUAAUUGUAAUACUGCCUGACAAUAAUGGUUCUUUAUAUGGUGAUCUUAAAAGAAUUUGUGAGACAGAUCUGGGGUUAGUCUCCCAAUGCUGUUUGACGAAACAUGUUUUUAAGCUGAAUAAACAGUAUCUUGCAAAUGUUGCUCUUAAAAUUAAUGUGAAGGUCGGUGGAAGGAACACAGUGCUUAUGGAUGCCCUGACAAGGAGAAUACCUCUCGUCAGUGACAGACCAACAAUUAUAUUUGGUGCUGAUGUGACACACCCACAUCCUGGGGAGGACUCUAGCCCUUCCAUUGCAGCUGUUGUUGCAUCUCAAGAUUGGCCAGAAAUAACAAAAUAUGCUGGAUUGGUUAGUGCACAAGCUCAUCGGCAAGAGCUGAUCCAGGAUCUGUUUAAAGUUUGGCAAGAUCCCCAGCGUGGAACUGUUGCAGGUGGCAUGAUUAGGGAGCUUCUCAUAUCUUUCAAAAAAGCAACAGGGCAAAAACCUCAGCGAAUUAUAUUUUACAGGGAUGGUGUUAGUGAGGGUCAAUUUUAUCAAGUAUUGUUGUAUGAACUUGAUGCUAUUCGGAAGGCAUGUGCAUCCUUAGAGUCUAACUAUCAGCCACCUGUAACUUUCGUGGUGGUUCAAAAGCGUCAUCAUACCCGUCUGUUUGCCAAUAACCAUGCCGAUCAUCGUACAGUAGAUAGGAGUGGAAAUAUAAUGCCUGGCACUGUUGUAGAUUCCAAGAUAUGCCAUCCAACCGAAUUUGAUUUCUAUUUGUGUAGUCACGCUGGCAUUCAAGGCACCAGCCGUCCUGCUCACUACCAUGUCUUGUGGGAUGAGAACAAGUUCACUGCUGAUGCACUGCAGUCUCUUACCAACAAUCUUUGCUACACCUAUGCCAGGUGCACACGCUCGGUUUCAAUUGUGCCGCCUGCAUAUUAUGCUCACCUGGCUGCUUUUCGUGCUCGGUUUUACCUGGAGCCAGAGACCUCAGACAGUGGGUCAAUGGCCAGUGGUGCGGCUGCCGGCCGUGGUGCUCCUGGCUUGGCUCCUCGCACUACCAGGGCCCCGGGAAGUUCUGCCGUUAGGCCCCUCCCUGCCCUCAAAGAGAAUGUGAAGAGGGUGAUGUUUUAUUGCUAACCUUCUUUCUGGGUUACUAGAACUGUUGAAAGUGCUUUCUAUUUGCUGGUUAUAUCUUGGUGCUUAGUUUGGUUUGGAUUCUAUCCUGGUUUGUGUUAACGUUUGUGUUAUUGUUGCUUUCUAUUUGCUGGUUAUUUCUUGGUGCUUAGUUUGGUUUGGAUUCUAUCCUGGUUUGUGUUAACAUUUGUGUUAUUGUUUCAUCACAAUGACAACUAAAACAUAGUUUACCAGUUUAUUGACUUGAAAACGAAUUUUUCUUUUUGGGGUUAUCA